AUGGUCCCAUCGUCUCUGUAUAGCGGCAAGAAAGUGUCAGGAAGUGUGAAAAUAUCAAAGACUGUAGCCAACCUGGCAGACUGCAGUUCUCACUGUGUGCUCACAGGCUACAAGAUUUCUUUCAUCUUUGAUCCCCACACCAUGAUGUGUACCUGCCACACGUUGCCGUUGUCGGCGUUGACGUUAAUACCAGCAGCAGGAGCAGUGGCCUUUGGACAUGACACACUUCCGACGGAUGUCGUGGACACGUGGAUCACCUCCAUCAUAGAUUCAUCUUCUGCCUAUUGGGUACCUUUUAAGGACUACAGUGCAAAUAAUAUGUUGGGAGCCGCGGAUUUCUACCCCAGCUAUGGCAACACUCAGAAGGCCUGGUGUCCUGGACAUCUCAACGAUGAACAAUAUGUGGAGCUCGGAAUCCCAGAACCGAUCUACAUCACGGAGAUCCACAUCUAUGAGGUGUUCUGGGUUGGUGGGGUGGAGUCUCUUUCGAUCCGAGAUCCGAACUCUGACUGGAUGGAGGUGUGGAGAACGCCUGCUUUUGAGAAAUUAGAAACAAGUCGGAUUUUAAUCCCCAAUUUCAUGCCUCCAGACUUCAAGUCUGACGCAAUAAGGAUUGACCUUGACCUUUCGGUCCAAAGUGUCUGGUCCGAGUUCGACGCCGUGCGAGUGGUUGGCACCAGGAUACGCACGCGUCACGGCCUGUGACAACAUUUCACAAAUAGUGCUGUCGGAUUGGAGACGUGGAGAGAGGGGCAGCGCAAGUUGAUGUCAUCGACGUGUCGUCACAAGGACUUUGCAUAUCCUGAAUACAUUGUAGCCUGACAUAACAACCGUCAGCAUGUACUGUGAAACUGUGAGAGAUGAGAAACAUGGGAGAUU